CAUUUCCACAAUUCGUUUCAAAUGACUCAUUCUGACCCCGACUUUGAUUAAUCUGGGGCUAAAAAUAAUUAAUUUAGUGUUUGGACAAGGACACAAUCAAAGUGCUAAAUCCCGCAAAAUGGCUGUGGAAAUCCUCGACGAAGACCACUUUGCCAUCAGUGCCAUUGUCACAGUGACCAUGCAAAUAAUCUUCUUCAUAAUCGCUGCCACUUUCCAAAUGGACAAAGUGACGGAUUUUGCAGGAGGCAUCAAUUUUAUUAUUAUUGCCUUGUUGACGUUUUUUUGUGGCCAAAGUGGGGGCAAGAAAAGUUACGACAGUCGCCAACUCAUGGUUACCAUCUUUGUCUGUCUCUGGGGGAUGCGUCUGUCCGGUUAUCUCUUGUACAGGAUAAUCAAAAUUGGGAGAGAUAAGCAGUUUGAGGAUAAGAAGAGCAACACAAUUCGCUUUGCAAUUUUUUGGACCUUCCAGGCCGUUUGGGUCUACGUGGUGAGCCUCCCGGUCAUUAUUAUCAACUCUCCUCGUCACUCCAUUCCUCCCGCCCCCAAAACCAUGACGACUUUGGACUCCACUGGGACUUGUUUCUUCGUAGUUGGAUUUCUUGCCGAAACUUAUGCCGACUUGCAGAAAUUCUCGUUUAUGCAAGAUCCAGAAAACCAGGGAAAAUGGUGCAAUGACGGCCUUUGGCGGUUAUCACGCCAUCCAAACUACUUCGGCGAGAUCGUCCUCUGGUGGGGCAUUUUCGUCAUAUCUUUGAACGUCUUAGAAGGCUUCGAAUGGAUCGCCAUCUUGUCCCCCAUUUUCACAACCCUUAUCAUAUUGUUCCUAUCAGGAAUUCCACUCCUGGAACGGUCUUCCGACGACAAAUACAGAGACAUUUCCGAAUAUCGCUACUACAAGUCUUCGACGAGUCCUCUCAUCCCCAUCCCGCCAGGGAUCUACGUCGAAGUGCCCCAAUUCCUCAAGUUCCUCCUCUGUUGCGAGUACCCGAUGUAUGAUUGGCUCGAUGAGAAAAACAGCAAAACUCACAUUGUUAAGGAGUCCACGAGUGCGUCUUUGGCCCAAUCGCAGACAUAACUAUAGCUACAUGCUGGUCAUCAGAUCAGCACCAACACGAAUGACAGCAAAGUGCAGAUAACAGCCCUGUAAAAAUGCUUGUUAUGGACCAAUCACAACGGGUAAUUUACUUCUAAGAGUUUGAUGUGAUCUCCACAAGUGGAAGUGGAAAUUUUAUGCUUGUUUUGGUCAAUGUUUCUCAAUUGUGAUCCUGAAGUGGCCCGAGUUGGUUGUCAAAUUUAGACAUAUUUAUAUAGAAAUAAGAGAGAAAACUAUGCAAAAGCCUAAGAAGUGGUUGUUUAUUGUUUCAAGCAUUUAUUGUUAAGUUUGUAGAAAAAUCAAGGGUGGAAAAAUACUUUCAAGGUUGUGCGUGAAAAAUAAUUAUAAAAACAGAGUGUUAUACAACAAGCAAGCAAAAUUAAUGAAAAAAAAGUUAAGUAGGGUGCUGAAAAAGUCAAACAUCUUGUUUACUUGGAAAUCUAAGAAAAACAUUAAAUUAUUGAUCUAGAAAAUUUCAAAAUUUUAUUAGGCAUUCUUCUAAUAUCACUGGGUUAUGAAUUUUUGUUGCAAGUGAAUAUUUGUGAAAAACUAUGUGGAUUGCCCAUUAAGAAAAGUGAUGUAGGCUGUGUCAGAACCCACGCCCCUGAGAAAAAUUUCAUCAGGAACAUGAAGAAAAUGUUUAAAAAAUUCGAUCUGUCAAAAAUUUUUGGCACUUAUUUUUUGACAUUUGACAUUUUUUUAUGUCUAUUUAAUGAUACUGAUGAUUUUGUAUAUGUUUUUUUUUACAACUAUUUAGUACAAACAUUUUCUCAAUAAAAGCCACAAAUAACAUUAAACAGAGUUACAAUUUAGGGUACAGCUUCCUAGUUUUCUUUUCUGAUAGCCUCUGUAAUAAAGAAACUUGGAAAAUUAUUUUUUCAACAAAAAUAAAUGGAGACAAUAAAGUGCAAAAUUUAAACUCUCAUAACUUCGAAAUUUUUAUAGAUAGAAUUUUUUAAACAUUUUUUCAAUGUUCCUGGUAUCUUACCUCUGGGGCGCAACUUCUGGCGUAGCCUGUAUGUUGUAUACCAAGACAAAAACUUCAAAAAUUAAAGGAGAAUUUUCCACCUUUGAAUCACCCUGUAUGUGUAUAAACGAUUCAAAAAAUGUGUAAUAAAUUGUGAUAGAUAAAAAACAUUCAAAUGCAAAUUAGUAAUUUAACAAAAUUUUGGAUUAGCCAAAUUUCGAAGCCGUUAGUUACUACAUACAAUUGUUUGAUAAUCACUGGUAUAAGCGUAUAAGAAUUUUUUUCGCCCAUCGAUUUUUAACUUCCUUUGUUUUAUGUUUGUGUCAAAAUUUUUAGACAAUUCAAAUUAAAAAAAAAUUGUAUACGAAGUCAAAUCUGAAAUAUGUUUUUCCAUUUUUCAAAGUCUAUUUCCAAAAUUCUGGUCACUUCCGUUAUAAAAAAUGCAAAACCAGAUAUUGUUGUGAAGAAAAUCAAAGUAAAUUGUGUCAAAUUUUCUUAAAUCUUCAAAAUCAUCUAGUGAUCAUUGGACUCAUCUACCGAAAUAAACCCUAAUCCUGGCUCUCUUAUUGGCUAGAUUCAUCACGUGAUUUCAUUUUGUACAAACCACGUGAUUAUUCUUAUCCAACCGCAAUAAUUGAAUUUGCAUACAAAGUGGCCUGUGUUUUAUUCAGAGUUGCAAACUUGAAUGAAGAAUCGCAGGCACUGUUAUCAUAAAUUUAAUUUUUCUAUUUUGCGUCUUUUUCAACACUAUUAACGAACUCGUUUGCGUGUGUUAACAGCUUCUCAGCAUUCAAUAACAUUCUCGAAUUGUCGGUGACGAACAUGAGAAUUCAUUUCCAAAUUAAGCACAAUGACUAAUAGUUUUUUUCUUUAAAAACGAUGUAAAAAGCGCAAAAUAGCAAAAAUAGUGUAAGCUCUUACAGAUACAAGCAAUUGUUUGUUCUUCAACUCGCCGCUACGCAGCUCGUAUUAGUAUUACAAACUUUUGCUUGAAUGGAUGGAUGCCUUCUAUAAUUCGUAUUCUAUGAAGGCAUAUAGUAGGGGUUUGUUAACGGUAUUGUAUAAUUUUUGGCUAAAUGCCGUCUUGAAUAUCGUACUGCACGGUUUCGGAUAGAAUUUUACGAAAAAUUUUCAAAAAUAGGAAUUGAAAUUUCAAUUAAUUAGACUUAAUUAUACUCAAAACACUAGUUUUAAAAUCUACCUUUGGAACUACAAAAUUAGAGAGUUUCAAUAGGAAAAAAUCAGUAUUAUACAUAUAGGUGGCAAUACUAUACAUAUCUUAAAUUCGACUUGCCAAAAACGUAUUUUAUUAGCCUGUACAAGACGUUUACGAAACAAGUGCAGAAAUGAGAAUAAUAAUAAAUAUUAUAACGCUGUUAUUUAUGCAUGUAUUUACAAAGUCGAAAUAAACAUGUUGGCAUCUAAA